AGCAAUUUUGCGUUAAAUGCGCUUUUGGAUAACGGUUUAACGUUUGUAACGCGCAAAUUGUUCGGCCGAUAUAGUAUAAAAAGAUUUAGCUUUUUGGAUAGCCUUGCAAACGCGAAAUUAAAUUUUGGUAAGCUUUUUAAAAAGCUCCGGUAUCGUUUUAAGCAAUUGCUUGUUAACGGCAUAAUUUUAAUAUAUUUAAUAACCAAAAUAGCGGUUACAAAAUACCGUACGUUCCGUAUAAUUAUUUUUAAAAAAAGGCAAACGGAUAAAAUUUUAAUUAUUGCUUUAUUAAAAAUCGAUAAUUUCCCGCAACGGGAGCGCGUUGCGGAUAUUUAUAUAAAACGAAAAAAAGGCAAUGUCCGUUUUGGGGGUAAAUUUAUUAAAAUUAAAAGCGUUGCGGCGGCGUUCGUUGCGCGCUUUACGCUUUUUUUCGGCGGAAGUUUUUUUGCUGCGGCGGUUAAAGCCCGCCGGGGGGUUAUUAGCAAAACGCUUGCGGGAAUCCUAAAAAGUUGCAAGCGCAAAAAGGCCCGAUAA